AAAAAAAAUCCCAAAUCUUGGGUUUGGAAUAAACUGUGAAAAUGUUUACCCGGUUAGUUUGUAUCAGUGAUUAUGAACAACAUGCUAAAUCAGUACUUCAGAAGUCUGUAUAUGACUAUUACAGGUCUGGGGCAAAUGAUCAGGAAACAUUGGCUGAUAAUGUUGCAGCAUUUUCCAGAUGGAAGCUGUAUCCGCGGAUGCUCCGGAAUGUUGCUGAAAUAGACCUGUCAACUUCUGUUUUGGGACAGAGGGUCAGCAUGCCAAUAUGCGUUGGGGCUACUGCCAUGCAGUGCAUGGCUCACGUGGACGGGGAGCUUGCAACUGUGCGAGCCUGCAGGUCACUGGGAACCGGGAUGAUGCUGAGUUCCUGGUCCACUUCCUCAAUUGAAGAAGUGGCAGAGGCCAGUCCCGAGGCACUCCGCUGGCUGCAACUGUACAUCUACAAGGAUCGUGAGGUCACCAAGCAGCUAGUGCAGCGGGCAGAACAAAGGGGCUACAAGGCCAUAUUUCUGACAGUGGACACUCCUUACCUCGGGAACCGCUUUGACGAUGUGCGUAAUAGGUUCAAGCUGCCACCUCAACUCAGAAUGAAAAAUUUUGAAACCAAUGAUUUAGCAUUUUCUCCAAAGGAAAAUUUUGGAGACAACAGUGGACUUGCUACAUACGUAUCUAAAGCAAUAGACCCAUCCAUCAGCUGGGAGGAUAUUAAAUGGCUGAGGGGGCUGACAUCACUGCCAAUCGUUGCAAAAGGCAUUUUGAGAGGUGAUGAUGCCAGGGAGGCAGUUAAACGUGGUUUGGAUGGGAUCUUGGUGUCGAAUCACGGGGCUCGACAACUUGAUGGGGUGCCAGCCACCAUUGAUGCCUUGCCAGAAAUCGUGGAGGCUGUGGAAGGGAAGGUGGAAGUCUUCCUGGAUGGGGGUGUUCGGAAAGGCACCGAUGUCCUGAAAGCUCUAGCCCUGGGAGCCAAGGCUGUGUUUGUGGGGAGGCCAAUCAUUUGGGGCUUGGCAUCCCAGGGAGAGAAAGGUGUUCAAGACAUCCUUGAGAUCCUAAAGGAAGAAUUCCGAUUGGCCAUGGCUCUGAGUGUGCAGAACCCUCUGAACAGAGAAGUGCUCAGUGUACACAGCCAGCAACAGUCGCUAAGCCUCUAUCUUUGACAGUCUCACCAGGGAUAUGUUGGCGAGUGUGAGUACCUGAAGGGUGAAGCCUACACUAUACUCUUCCUUAUCUCAUAACAAGUGAACAAAAAAUCUAACUGGCUAGUCAACACCUUCACUGGGAUGUCUAAGUGGCAUCUCAAACUCUACCCGUCCCAAAUGAAACCACAAACUUUUCCUAUUGAAACUACUCCACCUGCAGACUCUCCGAUCUCAGUUUAUGUUAAUACCAUUGUUUCAAAAACCUUGAGUUAUUUUUGACUCCUCAUUUCCCUCACACCCUCACAUCCACAGGACCUCUAUCUGCAAAAUGUUGUCAGAACCUAACCUCACUCGCUAUUACAAGAGUUCCUCUGUGUUUCUUUCUGAUCAGUCCCUCUCUCCCCUUGAUAUUGCAGGUCUGUCUGUCUGUCUGUCCUUGCCUACCUCACCCUCCCACCCUGAUCACAGCAGUCAGAAUGAUCUCUUUACACAUUAAUUCAGAUCAUUCCACUGUUCUGAUAAGGACCCUCCAAUGGCUCUUGGUUUAUUUACUCAGUGUAAAUGCCAAAGUCCUUACAAUGGUCUACAAGACCUUUAUGUAGCUUGACUUCUGUCACCCCUCUGACCUCAACUCCUGCUGUCACCCUUGCUUAUUCUGCCCGGGCCACAUUUACCUCCUGCUGUUCCCUAUGUCAGACAUGUUUCAGCCUUAAGGACUUUGCAGUGACCAUUCCAUCUUUCCAGAUGCUGUUCCCAGGUGUCUACAUGGCUAACUGCCUCACGUCCUUCAAGUCAUAACUUAGAUCACCUUUUCUCAACAUCCUGACCACCCUAUGUAAAAUGGCAGUCCAUCCUCCACCCACCUGCUCAGCUUCCAGUUUUCUUUCCCUGUUACUAUUUCAUUCUUCUCCCACAGCACCUAUCACCUUCUAUAAACCAUCUAUCAUUUCAUUUACUUUUUAAAUUAUUUGCAUCAUGUAUUAUCUUUAGCUCUGUAGAAUACAAGAAGCAUGAGGCAGGGAUCUUUAUUGUAUUCAAUUCAGCAUCCCCAGGGUUUACAGCAGCUCCUGGCACUUAAAUAAUAUUUGCUGAAGAAAUAAGUAAAAAAAUAAAAAAAAAUCACCUUAUUACUAGUGGCUGUUUUGAAUCUGACUCAGAAUGGACCUUGAGAUGCAAAGAAUGACAUUGAGUCCAAUGAUCAACUUUCAAAGGUAAUGAGAGUUUCCUUUUCUGUGAUCCAUGUCACCCAGAUUGUCCUCAUGGAUAGAAUUCCUGAGAUCAAUGGUCUACUCCUACUGUGCUGAGCCUGUGUGGACACAGCCUCAGUGAGCAGCAUGCCAUUCUGUGAAUCCUCACUCUGCAUUUUAAUUUGCUGCAGACAUAUCCUAAAAGAGAGCUUUCAGCCACUGACUCUCUAUUAAAUGUGGCAGAAAGAAUAUACUCUUUGUGUUAAUAAAAAUAUGUGCCAGUCAUUUUGUGUUAAGGACUGUUUAGGUAAUAAAAAUGGUCUCGUGCCACAUAAGAUUUGGCAAGCCUACCUUGAAUCAUAAACCUUACAUUUGUCAAGUUUUACAUUCCUUGGGAAAACGAUUACCUGCCUGAUUAUUAUUGCAUUC